AUUACAGACAGCAAAAUUAAAUGACAUUGACAGAUAAUUUCCUAAAAAAAGAAGUUCGUCGUUUCUGGUUUUAUCGUAUUUCAUUUCCUCCAAGAUUCUAUCGUGUUUACUGAAUCGUGUUGUGAAAAGUGUAAUUAUCCUCUUGUGAUUUAUAAAAACUGAAUAGGUACAAUGUUUCGCUACUUUGCUGCUCUGAUAUUAGUGACGUUUUAUUCGAAGAGUUCGGGUGCACCUGCAAAUGGAACCGAUCUUUCUACUUUGCUAAGCAAGCUUGCAAGCACCUGUGAGAACCAAUUUAUUUCCACACAAAUCACCAGUAAACUAAAGGAAUGCCAUGUAAAUGUUCCUCCGUAUGACGAGAAAAAAAUUCAAUGUAUGUUGUUCUAUGACAUAAACAAACAACUAUGUACUGCAGUGGGAGCAUCAAAACUGGCUCUCACCGAAGAUUUUUCCCCUAAAAUAAAGAAGGAACAAGACGUCUCCAAACUCUGUAUUGGUGCCAAAGAUUGGCAAUUCACUGAUUUGGGGGAGGUGUACAAAAAAUAUGUCAAUCUUGUGUUCACUAAUCCAAUAAUGUGUGCUAGAGUGUGCAGUGUUGACAACAAUGACUUCAUGAAUGUGGAAUCUAAUUUCUAUUGCAAGUACUUUAAAUGGGGUGCGGAGACAUUAAAGUUACAGGUAAUCGCUGCUCCUACUCAGUCUGGUUCUGCUGCUGCAGAACUUCUGCCUACUGGAACAGAUGUAAUUAAAAAGCCUGAAGUAGUACCUGAGGUUCCUCAUGCACAAAGCGGCCCAGAUGUUUCUGCUAAAGAUUCAGCUGUUCCUAAACCCAAACCGGAAAACUCAGCGGAUAUUGAUGUCAAACCAGAAGGUGUUAUUGAUGUGAAACCAGAAGCUGUUAUUGAUGUCAAACCAGAUACUGCUGACAGUGCUGUGACUUCAAAAAAAGCAAAUCCUGAAGCCACUGCUAAUGCGGAAACAAAUCCAGAAUUGCCUAUUGCGGAACAUCCCUUGAAUAACAUAGUCCCAGCUCCUACUGCCAACCCUGAAAAACCAGCAGCUAGCCAUAUCCAUAAUACUGCUGGUGAUGCUAACAGUGCAGCAUCAGUGGAUGGCACCCAAAAUAACCCAAUAGGCCACCUGGGAACCGAACCUGGAAACAAGCCAGAACGCACCAGUGUAUCUAAAGUUGAUACUGCUGCCGUUCCUAAGAAACAGGAAGGUGAAGUGGCUCCCAACGGCUCGCUUAACAGUCAACUCGGUAAACCAAAUGCAAAUGAGGCAGACCCUGAUGACUACCAAAAUGAAUUAGAUUCAGAAGAAGUUAGAAAUGGAAUAUCAGAUAAUCAAGGUGGUGACGAUGGUGAUGAUCAAUCUUUAGGAGAGGCGGACCUAAAGCCAGACCCAAAAGCUAACAAGAAUAUGGAUUCAUCCAUCUCACAGUUUAAUGUGAAUGAUAUGUCUCAAAAAGAAUAUUACCCUAGUGAUGCGUUCCCAGAGGAUGAUGACCAUUUCUUCUCAUUCUUCUUGACUGCCAUCAUCAUGGUAGUGCUGCUCUACAUUCUCUACCACAACAAGAGCAAAGUAAGCAAAGUGAUCAUGGGUCUAAUAGUGGAGGGCAGACAGCCUGGUCGCCGCCGCAACAGCCGUGGUCACGCGUACAAACGCCUGGACACCUUAGAGCAAGCUAUGAGCGCUAACAGUGCCACCCCUCCCAGCAAAAUCAUCUACUGAACUGGUAGUAGGCAAACAUCGAACGACGUACCUCUAGUCGGAGAUUAAAACUAACGUGUCUCAUCAAGUUGUAAAGAACAAAUUAUUUAAUUAAUACUGCAAAAUAAAAUAGCCCGUCCGCAUUCCACGCAGAGUUGUAGAGAGGAGAACCGACUUAAAACACCUACACCUCGGGUACUCUUGUCGUAUAAACCUCUACAAAAUAGUUGUAUAAUCAUCUUUAUCAGCCUUCUCAGUAUUCACAUGUAUAAUGACUGAGCUGUCACAAUUUGGGUGAAUAUUUUUUUGAGGUUACGAUCUUGGACCCAGACAAAAGUUUUUGUAUUAAAACACCAGAAUCCACCAGAAAAUGAGAAAUCUGGAAUAAUUAUUGUAAAUUCUUAAAAGAUGCAUAAAUUGAAAACAUUUUCAUAGCAUUGUGGAUAAUAACAUAAUGUAAACGUCAGAUCUGGUGACAGUAAAGCUGUAAAAGUCUGCCUUUCACCCAACUGAUACAUGGGGUUGGUAGCUAUAUUUGCAUGAAAUGCAAUUAAUAAAAUAGAAAUAGGAUUAUUUAUAAGAUUAACAUUUUUACUCUUCAAAAUUUUCUGGUCUUUUAGACAUUCUUUGAUAGCUCAAUAUUUUUAAUUGAAUUGGAAAUAUGGAUCGAAUUUCUUUUUCCUAAAAUUCUUAUGAUUAUUUCUGGUCCUUUAAACCCACGAUGACGAUUUUUUAUCAUAAAUUAUUUGUGGUAUAUGCCACUACAUUUCUAAUUGUUCAUUAUCUUGUCACAUUCUAUUAUUUUUAUCUUUAUCUUUGGCUUUUUGUUUAAGUUAUAAACUCUUACUAGGGGUACUAUACCUGCUUGCGAUAUUGAGUAUGCUGUACUUAAAACGAGUUAAUUUUACUAUUCAUUCAUGACUUUUCUAACUUAUUGCGUAUAACGUCUUGGAAAAAUCAUGAAAUCAGGAUUUAUAGCAUACAACAAAAAUUAUUUCUAAUUUAUUAGUAAAGCCUAAUAUUUCAAUAGCGCAAGUCAGGCGUGGAUUCUAUAUGAGUUCAGGAAGUGGUGUAGUAUAAUAAUAUGUAGAAAUUGUAUUAUAU